AUGAAAUUACCUCCAUUUAUGCAUCUUAUAUUCCGUCUACUUAUAGUGUCAACCUAUUUUACAUAUGAAGAAUGUCUCAAAUGUUACAGUUGUGAUGGUCCUACGGACUGCGCUCAUCCACGACAACAAUUAUGUCCCCAAAAUAAUGAAUGUUUCACGGUUGCACAAAAUUACGAUACAAAACUAAACGGUUUACGAAAAGGUUGUGCACCCACAUGCGAUCGAGUAAAUAUUGAAGGAAUGUUGUGCAGAACUUGUAAAUUCGAAUUAUGUAACGGAGAAACAGGCUUAGGUAAAGCAUUCGAAAAACCUACUAUUUUACCACCUCAGAGACCUUUCGGCCGUAAAAAAGAUGCAAACGGAAAGAACAGGAUGUAUAUAUUUAUAGUAAACUUGCUAUUAUUUUUGAUUUGUGAAACAUACUACAUAUUAUAA